AUCACACAUCACAUAUAUCAAUUUAAAACAGAUUUAGCAGAUAAGUUACUAGUGCCAUAUUGUGUUGGAAUCAAAUAGUAACACUUUCAUUUCAAGUAGAAAAGAUGAAGGAUGCAGAUGUAUCAAAGCAGAUCCAGCAGAUGAUUAGGUUCAUCCGCCAAGAAGCUGAAGAAAAAGCUAAUGAAAUAUCCGUUGCUGCAGAAGAGGAAUUCAAUAUUGAGAAACUACAACUACUUGAAGCUGAAAAGAGGAAGAUCAGACAAGAAUACGAGCGAAAAGCCAAACAGAUCGAUGUUCGUAGAAAGAUUGAAUACUCAAUGCAGUUGAAUGCAUCUCGUAUAAAAGUACUCCAAGCACAAGAUGAGGUUGUAAAUUCUAUGAAAGAUGCUGCUAAAAAAGGACUUUUACGCCUCUCAAGUGAUAAGAAAGUAUAUAAGAAACUCAUCAAAGAAAUUAUUGUUCAGGGUUUACUACGCAUGAGAGAACAAUCUCUGCUACUACGAUGUCGAGAAACUGAUUAUAAACUAGUCGAGUCACUGCUAGAGGAAGCUAAAAAGGAAUACUCAGAGAAAGCUAACGUGCAACCUCCUACGAUUGCUCUUGAUGAUCGUGUUUACCUUCCACCACACCCGAAAAAUAGUGGUGUGGAUUCGCAUGAAGCUUUUUGUUCUGGAGGAGUUGUUUUGGCCUCUCAGGAUGGAAAGAUCGUGUUGGAGAAUACUCUUGAUGCGCGACUUGAUGUCAUUUUUAGACAGAAGUUACCUGAGAUACGAAAGCGUUUGUUAGCUUGAAGUUGAAACAACUCAAAGCAAUCUGAAUUUUACUUAUUAUUAUUAUAUCAACAAGUGGAGGGGCAAGGACAUUGCCACCUAUUUUGGAAGUUUGUUAGAGCAAAUGACACUCAUUUUAAUUUUAUCUUUCAUUUUGUUGUAAGGUUAUGUGU